AUGUUCAAGUCAAAGAGCAAGACCUCGCCGGAGCGCACAGAGCCCGCCAAUAUUCCUCCUCAGCUGUCCGACCUACACUGCUUCACCGAGACUGACGGCGUCGUGACCACCACCAUGAUGGACCUCCCUGGAUACAAGAUUGAGCAGGUGCUCGGCACCGUGUACGGCAUCACGGUGCGCUCGCGCAACCUGGGCGCGACGCUGGGCAUGGUGGCCAAGUCGAUUGCCGGGGGCGAGCUGAGCUGGUUCACGAGCAUGCUGUACUCGUGCCGCAACGACUCCAUCGGACGCGUCGUCGACGAGUGCAAGGCGCGCGGCGGCAACGCCGUCAUUUGCCUGCGCUUCGACGCCGGCGACGUCGAGGGCUUUGCGCAGACGGCCGCGUACGGCACCGCCUGCCGCGUCGUCAAGAUUGAUGAAGCGGUGGCGCCGCCGCCGCAGCUGCAGGUGUAG